CCUUGAGUUGAAUAGGGUACACGCAAAUAAGAGCGUUUCUGCAUCACCUGUAGAACGGGAUAUCUACAUUUACUGGUUGUAAGCUAGGUCGAAAUAUAUAUAUAGGCAUAAGGUUAUCAGUGUGGUGAAGGUAAAAAAAACAAAUUUUAUGAGAAAUAGAAAUGGGCGGGGGUUAUGCCUUUGUGGCUGUGGUAACAACCAAGUGGAUCCAGUUAACAAUGGGCGAUCAACAGUUUUUAUUUUUGUGUCGACAACUAAAGUUUAGUCAUGGUGUGGUGCUCAGUACCUGGAUGUGCGAACUACAAGCAAGCACAGGCUGCUGGGGUAACGUUUCAUCGGUUACCUGUCAGAGAUAUUACUCGUAGUCGACAGUGGCUGGCGGCAAUAAAGAACGCAGCCUAUGAUGUGAAUACUGCACUGGAUAAAUAUCCAAAUGUCCGUGUUUGUAGCCAGCACUUUCAGCCAGAUGACUUCGAAACGGACCUGAGGUCUCAACUGAUGGGUUUCCCAGGUCGUCGCACGUUGAAAAGUGAAGUUAUUCCAUCAAUUUUCCCCUUCACUUCAAAGAGGAAGGCAUCCGAUCAGCCAACAUCAGAGCAGCAGAAAACAAAUCGAGCUGAGUAUCUGAAGAGUAUUGAAGCUCUCAUCACUCCAGAGGUGGCUCCAAUAUUGCCUGGAAGGAAGAACAAAGGUGUUCUGACUCGUCCCCGUGUCCAGGAUUCUGGAACCAGCAUUGACAUUACACCUGAGAGUGCAGAUGUGUGUGUGAACAGAGUCUGUCUGCUGAAGCUCUUCCUGCUCUGCGAGAGGUGUGGCUGUGACUGUGAUGCCAGGAUCCAGGAUGAACUGGGUUGCUUCUCUGUCGUUCAGAAGUGCCCGUUCUGCACUCACCACAGGAAAUGGAUGAGCCAGCCCUCUUUUGCCCAGGAAAGCUGUGGAUUGAAGGAAGAGGCGAUUGGAGGGACAGGGUCCCAGCCAUGUGAAGACAGAGACCCAGACCUAGAGAACAUUUGCUUGACUAUGGAAAUCACUGAGGAGUUGUGUGAACAUGAUGCUCGGUCCUCGGACGAGGAGAGUGAGGAGGACGAAAAGCCCAAGAAGCGGAAUAAGCAGGAGAGAUCAGAUGAGACCGAGUGGGAGCCGUCUGACGAGGAAGACAUUGUAGUGGACUCUGAUUCUUCUGAGGAUUUGGAAACGGCAGGUUCCUCUGGUCUAACAGAAAAGGCCAACGUUGAUAAUUCUCAGAGCGGAAUAGAGAAAGAAGAGAGACUUGUGGAGUGGUGCACUGACUGUGAAGCCGAGCCUGUACUCGCCUGCACCACACAGCGCCAUAAGAAGCUGUACGCCUGUGGUGUGUGUGUGAGUGCGGUCCAACAAGCUGUUGGAUUUGACCGAUUCUACAUGCAGUUCGAGGACCCGGCCAGCUUCAAGGAACAUGUACGACGUGAACACAACACAAAACCUCAUAGGUUUCUCUGUACAGACUGUGGCAUCUUUCCUCACAAGAAGGACCAUUGGUGUGAGCACAAGAUCAAGAAAUUCCGCUGUGUAGACUGUGGUAAACGCUGUAGGACUGAAACGGGUAUCAAGAUUCACAGGCACCUCCACCACCCUGACCAUGUUUUCCCCUGUAAGUUCUGCCUGCAGCCAUUCAAAACCAGGUCAGACAAACUGACACACGAUGAAAGCCAUCAGGGUGAGAUUUCUCCCUACCAGUGCUCAGAAUGCUCCGAAAAAUUUGAUGACCUAACGGCAAGGAACAUCCACCUACGAACCCACAGCAACCUGAAUAGAAACAUCUGCCACACUUGUUACAAAGAAUUUUCUAACAAAAACCAUCUGGAGAGGCACAUGAUUAUUCACACAAGGCAGAAGCCCCACAUGUGCCAGGUCUGCCAACAGUCCUUCAACCAAGCGAGCCACCUUAAGUCCCACAUGCGCCUCCACUCAGGGGAGAGGCCCUUCAAGUGCCAGCAGUGUGAGAAGUGCUUCAAUCACAAUGUCAGUUUGAAGAACCACAUCCAACGCUAUCAUGGCCCUAAGAAGAGUAUCACAAGCUGAGGGAGAGGAGAGUUACACAGGCUGAGGGAGAGGAGAGUUACACAGGCUGAGGGAGAGGAGAGUUACACAGGCUGAGGGAGAGGAGAGUUACACAGG